CGGCCAACUCGGACCAUUUAUUGUUAGCGGCACUUUUCUCUCAUCAUUUCCUUUGCCCGAGAGUGCCAUUUGGUGAGAGGGGGUUCCUUCCUGCUUCGAUCCAAUGCGAAGUGGAAGCACAGACUAAAUAAAGAGAGCACCAACCACGGCACUCUUUUACUCAAUACUCGGGCUCAAACUUCGGUUCCAGUUCACUCAACACUUUCAAGUUUCAACCCCGAAAAGAACAACACCCGCAUUGGACACUGCUGCCAUCGGAUCAGUACGUCAACCCCGCACUAUCACAUCGCCGUAUCGCCGUAUCGCCGCAAGUGUCAUACCCUCUAAUACAGUCUCGCUCACAACCUGCAGAGUACCUACUACCACUCGUCAUGUCUCCCCUUAUUGUCCAACCACUCACGCGGCGCGUCAUUCUCGGUUUGAUGACCUUUGGCCCGGAUGAGUCCACCGGAGGCCGCAUCACCGACGUCGGCGAGUUCGCCAAGGUGCUCGACUCGUUCCAGUCGCGAGGCUACAAUGAGGUCGACACGGCCAAAUUGUAUAUCGGCGGCAAGCAGGAGGCCUUCACGCGCGAGGCCGGAUGGAAGGACCGCGGCCUGACCCUGGCCACCAAGGUCAUGUAUCCGAACAAGCCGGGCGCGAACACCUACGAUAAGGUGCUGGAGUCGGUCGACGGCAGCCUGAAGGAUCUAGGGGCUGAGUGUGUAGACAUCCUCUACCUCCACGCAGCCGACCGCGCAACUCCCUUCGCCGAGACCCUCCGUGCCGUCAACGACCUGCACAAGGCUGGCAAGUUCGUCACCUUUGGCGUCUCCAACUUCACCGCCUUCGAGCUGGCCGAGCUGGUCAUGACGUGCGCGCACAACGGCUGGGUGCGCCCGACCGUCUACCAGGCCAUGUACAACGCCAUCACCCGCAGCAUCGAGCCCGAGCUGGUGCCCGCCUGCCGCCGCUACGGCCUGGACCUGGUCGUCUACAACCCGCUCGCCGGCGGCCUCUUCUCGGGCAAGAUCAAGUCCGGCGACAUGAUCCCGUCCGACGGCCGGUACAGCGACAACGCCGUGUCCGGCAAGAUGUACCGCGACCGCUACUUCCGCGAUACCACCUUCCGGGCCCUGCAGGUUGUGGAGAAGGCCGUAGAAAAAACCGGCCUGACCAUGAUCGAGACGGCGCUGCGGUGGGUGGUGCACCACUCGGCGCUCAAGAUCCAGGACGGGAACGACGGCGUCAUCAUCGGCGUGUCCAAGCUCGACCAGCUGGAUGCGAACCUGACGGCCGUCGAAAAGGGGCCGCUGCCAGAGGAGGUGGUUAAGGCGCUGGAUGAGGCGUGGGCCAUCAACAAGGCCGAUACUAGCGUGUACUGGCACGGCGAGGUCAAGUAUUCGUAUGACACGCAGAAGGCCUUGUUUGGUGGGGAGAAAUAGGGGAAUGACAAGACUCUGCAAUAAAUUCAACCAGCCAUUUCUUUUUAUUUAUUUAUUACAAACAAACAAACAAACAAUUACCACG